AUGACCACCUCCGUCGCAGCCUCGGCCGCCGCAAAGGGCGCAGCAGUGGGCGGCACGCUCAACCGCUCGCUCCUCGCCUCGGCCAAGGCCAUCAUCCCGCCGCUGUCGGCCGACCGCCACAAGGGCCAGGCGGGCCGCAUCGGCAUCGUCGGCGGCAGCAAGGACUACACGGGCGCGCCCUUUUUCGCGUCCAUGUCGUCGAUGCGCUUCGGCGCCGACAUGGCCUACACGGUGUGCACGCCCGAGGCCGGCAACGUCAUCAAGACCUACAGCCCGGACCUCAUCGUCAACCGCAUCCUCGACCCGCAGCGUACCAUGGACGACGUCAGGGACGAGCUCGCAGAGCUCAUGCAGCGCCUCCACGCCGUCGUCGUCGGGCCCGGCAUGGGCAGGGACGACUUUAUGCAGGGGUGCGCAGAGAUGGUCGUCAAGCUUGCCAGGGAGCAGGAAAAGUACCUCGUCAUCGACGCCGACGGCCUCUGGCUGCUCCAGAACAAGCCCGACCUGAUCCGCGGCUACCGGCGCGCCAUCCUCACGCCCAACGUGGCCGAGUUUGCGCGCCUCUGCAAGGCCUGCCAGGUCGACAACAAGACCAACCCGGACGACGCCGCAAAGAGGCUCGCCAUCGCCCUCGACGGGCCCACGAUCCUCGAAAAGGGCAAGGUGGACCGCAUCACCGACGGAAAGGAGGUGCUCAACGUCGACCUCGAGGGCGGCCUGAAGCGGUCGGGCGGACAGGGCGACAUCCUGGCCGGCUGCCUCGGAACGUUUGCCGGGUGGUGCAAGGUCUACGAAGAAGAGGUCGAGGCGGGCACGCGCCGCGACGACAUCCCGCGCGACAAGCUGCUCCUCUUUGCCGGCUACGGCGCUGCCGUCACGGCCAGGACGUGCAGCCGCCUGGCGUUCCGCGAAAAGGGCAGGGCGCUCCUCGCCGACGACCUCCUCCCCGUCGUGGGCAAGGCGUACCAGCAGCUGUUUGAGAGCGACGACCCGCAGGCUUCGCUCUGA